AUGGUUUUGAUAAUUUAUUCUGUUAAUUCACUUUAUGGUAAAAAUUAUCGUUUUUCAAAGGAAAACAUUCAAUAUUAAAUGAAAUAAGUUUACUUUAUUUCCAUUUUGAUUUUGUCAUCCUAAUGUGCUUCAUUUUUAGAAGAACAACCAGGAAUGCAAAAUAAAAUAUAUUCAAUAAAAUUGGAACGAACUCAAUCUUAGGCUAGAAAAUCGUUAUUCGAUUUCAUAACAACUGGAUAACAUUUUAGAUCUAAGAGUGAUAUAUUAGAUGAUAUUUCAUUAACUUAAACAUAAUAGAAGGAGAGCAUAAAAUUAUAUAAUUUUAAAAAUACAUAAUAUACUGGUGAAAUUAGUUUUGGAGCAUCAGAAAAUAAAUUUAAAGUAGAUUAAUAUAUUUUAUUAUAAUAUAGGUUAUUUUUGAUACUGGAUCAGCUAAUAUUUGGUUGAAUUCUGCAAGAUGUCAUGAUUAUGGAUGUAAAAAUCAUAAAUAAUAUGAUGGUUCAAAGAGUUUGACUUAUGAACAUUUAGGUUAUGAUUUAGAUGUUGAAUUUGGUACUGGUGAAUUAAUGGGAGAAGUAAAUAAUUAAAUAAAUUAAUAGAUCAAUGCAGAUACUGCCUAUGUUGGUAAUGUUAAGAUUAGAAAAUAAGAAUUUGCAGAAAUAGUUAGGGAAAAUGGAGAUGUAUUUGCAUAAUCUGAUUUUGAUGGUAUAGUUGGUUUAGCAUAUCCAACAAUGGCUGCAUAUCAUUUUAAUCCAUUAUUUGAUAAUAUCAUGCAAUAAAAAUUGUUGGAUAGGAAUGUGUUUUCAUUUUACUUUUCUAGAUAAGAGGGCUCUAGANGUUAAAUAUUGUCAAGGAAAUCCAUUAUUUUAGGAAAAUUAAUGAGUUCAAUCAUUUAAGAGUAUUUAUAAAUAAUAUGA